AAGACCUUUGGCUUUUUAUCUUCCGGUUCGUCAACAUGGCUCAAGGUUCGCAGAAGUUUAAAGCUCAACGUCCCGGAGCCCCGAAAAAGCAUCAACAAAACAAACAGAAGGGCCCAAAGAAAGGAGGGAGGAUCAUUGCACCCAAGAAGACACAGGUUAUUCAACAACAAAAACUCAAGAAGGGUCUGGAAGUUGCCAUCAGGAACAAGAUUGAACAUGAUGUGACCCACAAGGCAAGCUUAUCCCUGCACAAGCCCCUCAGCGUGGUCAAAGGUGCUGAAAAAAGCCACCCUGGAGCCGCUCGGCCAGGAAGCAGUUCCAAAUAGGACAUGAAGAACAUUAAGACUCUACAGGGAACACAAAUCUUCAAAGUUGUUAAGUCCCCAAGUGUUACAUCUUUACAAUGAUGUGUUUUUGUUGCUCUUGUUUCAGUUUUCUGUUCUAUAAAAAGAAGAAUAACUUGUGAGAUUUUGUAGUGGUGAAAAUACUUUACUUGAAGCUGUAUAUCUGGGGAAUGUAUCUAUUCAUUAAACAAAGUACAUAAUUUGUAUAGUAAGCAAGAGUUGUGACCUGAAAACCUAGAAUGCCAGAGAGAGGGUGCCCACACCCACAGUCUUAUAGCAACAAAAAAAAUGUCAUUAAACAUGUAAUACAUUAACAAACAUUUAA